AUGAAUUCAUCAUCUACAAUAAAUUGUUGUUGUUGUUUAAUAUGUUCAAUCAUGUCUUCGCUGUCCAAUAUAAAUUGUUGUCCACAGCAUUUAUCAUUAUUAAAUCGAUCAUCACCUUCGAGAUUGUCAGCACCAAUUGUUUACAUGAUGUCUCCAGCAGUAAAUGAUUGGUCAAACUUAGAAUGUCAUUGUCGAUCACGUUGUUCGAAAUUGAAACGAUGCCAUAAAUCUUGUUCUUCAAGUUCAUCUACGUCAUCAAAGCCUGGACGACCGAGAAAAAAACAAGCCGUAGCUGAACCAUCGACUGAUACUAUAGAAAACAAUGAUGUUUUACUUUCUCCAACUAAAGAGCAACAUGAGUCGUUAUAUAUGGAAUCUCUUGAAAAAUCAACUGCCUAUCAACAGCGUGGAACAAAUCAUCUUCGCACUCCAUUAUCACCAUUAUUUCCAUCGCAUUCUUUAAUCAAUACAGAGAUGAAUAGUAGAAAAAGUAAUAAAAGUUCGCAAUACAACAUGAGAUCAUCUACUCCAAUUACAACUAGAAGCAAACAAAGAAAUAGUGACGAAGCUGAAUCGCCAAUGGAAUAUCAAUCAAAUCAGCAGCAAAUCAAUGCUCAACCACCUUCAUCACCAGUUUAUUCUCCACGUAUUAUUUUAAGUCGUACUGUUCAUGUUAAAGAAGAAGGUGAAGAAUUAUUCCUAGAUAAUCCUCAAAUAACUAUUAAUAUGGCUCAGGCAAUUGAACAAAUGUUGGCACCAACAGAUUUACAACCCAAAAUUGUCCUCCAACGUGUAUCCGUCGGGGGGCUAUAG